UGGGCGGGACGGGGAGAAGCAGACCCGACGGCGCGCGCGGGCGGAGGUCAGAAGUGGGCUGGAAUUUGAGAGGUCCUGUAGCCGAUUCUUCAAUCAGUAUGUCAACUGACACAGAUGUUCCUCUUUCUUCAUAUGAUGAAGGUCAGGGAUCUAAAUUUAUACGAAAAGCUAAAGAGGCACCGUUUGUCCCUGUUGGAAUGGCGGGUUUUGCAGCGAUUGUCGCGUAUGGAUUAUAUAAAUUGAAGAGCAGGGGAAACACUAAGAUGUCCGUCCACCUGAUCCACAUGCGUGUGGCAGCCCAAGGCUUUGUUGUGGGAGCGAUGACUCUUGGUAUGGGCUAUUCCAUGUAUCAGGAAUUCUGGGCGAAACCUAAACCUUAGAAGAAGAGAUGCUGUCUUGGUCUUGGUGGUAUUUGCUGUAGUUAGAGAUCUCAUAUUGAGGUUAUAUAUUUAUGUUGAAAAUAAAUCGUUUGAGUGGGUCAGACAGGAACAUGGUAAUUGGAAUAUUGGCUUUUUUCUUGCAGGCUUGGUUUGCUGGGUGACUAAAUUACUAGUGACUAGUUCACUAACUAGGUCAUUCAGAGGAAUCAAAUUAACACAUAAGAAACAUGUCACUUUUAAAUGUACUUGAUAGUGGUAAAAUGUCCACCUUGUUCAUCUCUUUUGGUGAAAUUAGCUCUAAAGAAGACAUCCUGCCAAUCCUGAUGUACCCCAGUUGCUGCAGAAUAUCACAUGCUUUUGAUGUUAUAUAGGAAUCCUAUUUGCCCCAGUUAAUUUUUUUGUGCCUGCCUUGUGAACUGAACAAGUACUUCAGUUUUUAGGGCUGGUUGGCUCUUAAAGAACCCUUUCAGAACAGUGCAUAGCAUAUAAAGUUACAAACCUCCCCACAACUGAACGUGUGUGUGUCUAAACCAAACCUAAAAUGCUGAUAACAGCUGCAAUAAGGUAGUAUUUAUUUUAGAGUCAUACUUGUAAACAUAAUUAUGGAUCCUAGUUUAGCUAUUUUGUAAUUGCAGAAUUAUAUUUUUGCUGCUGUUAUAUUACAAUAAUUUUUAAAUGUCACUUGAAAUAGAAAUAUGUACCUUAAGUGCUAAUGCAAAGGUAAUGAAAAACAAUUUUUAAAUAUGUGCAGUGUGUUUGUUUUUCUCUGUAAAAAUACAAAUGUUAAACUAAACAA